GGACGGCAGAGUCUACAGGACAGGUUGCACUUAGCAAACUGGGUGGGAUGACAGGAGGCCUGCGACGUGGGGAACCCCAGCCCAGUCAGUUUGCCACCCCUUCCCAUUGAUAAUGGGCCGUCAGCCACCUCUGCUGAGAACUCUGCCUCCUGGGAACCUGAAGUGUUGGGUAGGGCGGAAAAUGGGCACAGAAAUGAUCCUUGACCAGCCAGGCUUCAGGAAGAGGCUAGGGUUGGAGGAGGGCCUCUCCCUAUCUCCUCCUCUCUCCUGGGUUGCUUUCAGACUACAGCUCCCGAGAUGCAUUGCACCAGCCACCACACCCCUCGUCCGCACCACGCACCAUCCCCCACCCCGCCUCUAGAGCCUGACCUGCUGCGGCUGGAGGAGCUGAGGGAGCAGAGCGUGGUGGGGAGGGGAGCGGGCCUCGCGACCCUGGAGACAGUUUCCGCGGCCUCUCCCCACCAGGCGGCCCCGAUCACCAAAGGCACCUCUAGUCCCUGCAUGCAGACCUUCCUCCUCUUCUGUAGACUUUGCAUCCCUCUUUGCCCUCCCCACCCUUCCCCGGGCUCCGGAACGCUCCUCUGUCUUCAGUCUGGGAUCAGCCCUUCUCGGCACCCCUCCUCAUUAAGGAAAUGCAAUGAGCCGGUGCCCUCGCGUCCUCUUCGCUGCCCCGGGCACGGCACCCGUCUGGUGGUGGGGAGGGAGCCCCUCACUGUCCCUUCGGGACGCCCCUCCUUUGGGCCUUCCUCCAGCUGGCGUCCCUGGGCGAUGCCCCAGAGGACCUAGCCAGGAGGUGGGCUUUACAGCGAGGGCGCUGGAAAGGAUAAAGAACGGGGCUUUGGGCGCCUCUGAGAUGCUCCCCAGUAUCAAGGGGGACCGAGCGAGGUAUGGGCAACCGGGCGGCAGGCAUGAUGCCCUCGCCUAGUGACUCCAGCCGCUCGCUGACCAGCCGGCCCAGUUCCCGGGGCCUUACCCAUCUCCGCCUCCACCGACCCUGGCUGCAGGCCCUGCUCACGUUGGGGCUGGCCCAGGUGCUCUUGGGCAUCCUGGUGGUAACCUUCAGCAUGGUGGCCUCCUCUGUCACCACCACCGAGAGCAUCAAGAGGUCCUGCCCGUCUUGGGCUGGGUUCUCGCUGGCGUUCUCCGGGUUGGUUGGCAUUGUGUCCUGGAAGCGUCCAUUCACUCUAGUGAUCUCCUUCUUCUCCUUGCUUUCGGUGCUCUGUGUCAUGAUCAGCAUGGCUGGCUCUGUUCUCUCCUGUAAGAACGCUCAGCUGGCUCGGGACUUCCAAGAAUGCUCCAUGGAAGGGAAGGUCUGUGUGUGCUGCCCCCCUAUGCCUCUACACAGACCCUGUCCACAGUGGGGCCAGGAGCUGAAAGUUGCCCUUAACUCCACCUGUGAUGAGGCGCGAGGGGCCCUCAAGAACUUGCUCUUCAGUGUCUGUGGGCUCACCAUUUGUGCCGCAGUAAUCUGUACCCUCUCGGCUAUUGUCUGCUGUGUCCAGAUCUUCUCCCUGGAUCUGGUACAUAUGCAGCUGGCCCCUGAACGCUCAGUCUCAGGCCCUCUAGGGCCCCUGGCUUGCACAUCAUCGCCUCCAGCUCCUCUCCUCCACACCAUGUUGGACCUGGAGGAAUUUGUCCCUCCUGUGCCUCCACCACCCUACUAUCCUCCAGAGUAUACCUGCAGUUCAGAAACAGAUGCACAAAGCAUCACGUAUAAUGGCUCCAUGGAUAGCCCAGUGCCCUUGUACCCUACUGAUUGCCCUCCUUCUUACGAGGCCGUCAUGGGGCUACGAAGAGACAGCCAGGCCACUCUGUUUGAUCCUCAGUUUCAUGAUGGCUCCUGUGUCUGUGAGCGGGUGGCCUCCAUUGUAGAUGUGUCCAUGGACAGCGGGUCCCUGGUGUUAUCGGCCAUCGGCGACCUCCCCGGGGGCUCUAGCCCAUCAGAAGACUCAUGCCUGCUGGAACUCCAGGGCUCCGUGCGCUCCGUCGAUUACGUGCUCUUCCGCUCCAUCCAGCGCAGCCGAGCAGGCUACUGCCUUAGCCUGGACUGCGGCCUGCGGGGCCCCUUUGAAGACAGCCCCUUGCCACGGCGGCCCCCGCGGGCUGCCCGCUCCUAUUCCUGCUCUGCCCCUGAGGCCCCACCCCCACUGGGUGCCCCCACCGCCGCGCGCAGCUGCCACCGGUUGGAGGGGUGGCCGCCCUGGGUGGGACCGUGCUUCCCCGAGCUGAGGCGCCGGGUCCCCAGAGGAGGCAGCCGCUCAGCCGCACCCCCUCCUGCCCGAGCCCCAACCCGACGCUUCAGCGACAGCUCAGGUUCCCUCACCCCACCCGGGCACCGGCCUCCUCACCGGACACCUCCUCCACCACUGCUGCUGCCGAGGUCUCACAGCGACCCAGGCAUCACCACCACCUCCAGCGACACCGCUGACUUCAGGGACCUUUAUACCAAAGUGCUUGAGGAAGAAGCUGCCUCUGUCUCCUCUGCAGACACAGGGCUCUGCUCUGAAGCCUGCCUUUUCCGCCUAGCCCGCUGCCCUUCCCCCAAGUUGCUACGUGCCCGCUCGGCCGAGAAACGCCGCCCAGUGCCCACCUUCCAGAAGGUCCCCCUGCCUUCAGGUCCUGCACCUGCCCACUCUCUAGGGGACCUGAAAGGAAGCUGGCCAGGCCGAGGCCUGGUCACUCGUUUCCUCCAGCUGUCCAGGAAGUCCCCGGAUCCCGCGGGGACUGCAGCCCAUGGCCAUAAGCAGGUGCGCAGGAACCCGUGGGGACGACCAGGUCGGGAGAGCCUCCACCUACGAAGCUGUGGUGAUUUGAGCUCUGGCUCCUCCCUGAGGCGACUCCUCUCCGGCCGCCGGCUGGAGCAGGGCGUCCGCCCACACAGCCUCAGCCUCAAUGGAGGCAGCCGAGAGACUGGGUUCUGAUUCGGGCUUGUACCAGUGAACAGAUGCAGGUGAAUGCUGGAGCCACAGGCAUCGGCUGGUGGGGCCCAGCAGCCCUCUGUGCACUGGCUGGCUCAAAAAGAAACCCGCUGUAUCCCCUCCCCAGGCGUUCCUUUCCUGCCUGCCUUCGGGGGCUCCGCCGCCUGCCUCCGUCCCUCUGGACGGCAGAGCUUCUGCCCCGUGCUGCAUGGGAGGAGACGCCGCUCCCCCCCCCUCCCCCGCUUACAGCGUUGAUGGAGGAACCUUAGUAAACUCCCCCAGCAUGAUCGUGCCCCCUUCUGGUAGUCCAUGGCACUGUAUGGGGGCAAAGGGAUGAGGGUUUGAGGUCAGGUUGAUCUGUGCCUUGACAUGUGGUGGUAGGCGGACAAGAAGACACGAGAAUCUAGGUGGCUUUGGGCUCUGCCACCUCCUGCUGCAUGACCUCGGGCAAGUUAUUUAACCUUAAUUGCCUGACCUGUGAAACAUUGUGAACUUGAAUGUUUGUGACACUGAGUAAGCCUUCAAUAAAUUUCAGUUUCUCCCCUUCU